AUGCAUUUGUUCGGCUUGCUUCUUGCUCUUGUCGGCAGCAUUCAGAAUUCAGGGCCCAAGUGCUCCAAUGUGACCUUCUCGGUAACCCCUGACAUCCCUGGCGGUCCAUUCAAGCUGAGGGGUCGCUUUUGUGAACCGGAAGUUUACGUACCCUCGAACCGGGAUCGUCUCCAGGUUCUGGUCCACGGUAUUACAUUCGAUCGUAACUAUUGGUCUGCAUUGGGCUUGCCUGGUUACGAGCCGGUGAACUACUCCUGGAUCGAUUAUGCAUCUAAUCAAGGUUAUCCAACGCUGUCAGUAGAUCGGUUGGGAAACGGGCUAUCCGAUCACCCGAAUAGGACUUUCGCUGUCACUCUCCCUAACCACGUUAAAACUUUGCACGAUCUGAUUACACAGAUUCGGAAUAACGGCAGCUUGGGUCAGUCGUUCUCGGAGAUAAUAUACGUUGGCCACUCAUACGGCUCGCUCGUGGGUAAUUUGCUGUCCCAAGAGCACCCGACCGAUAUUGAUCGACUAAUACUUACGGGUUUCUCAAAACAAACGCUCUUCUCUAUAUCUGGCAAGGCACUCCGGACCGCCUUGCUGCCAGCCUCUUUCCAGGAUACGGACCGCUUUGGCCAGUUGUCUCUGAGUUACUUCUCGUCAAAUUCAAGGCCAGGACGCCGACAUCUUUGUUUCGCAGGAGCCAACAGCUAUUCACCCGAAAUUACGGAUCGCGACUUUAAACAACGAGGCACGGUAACUCUCGGAGAGAUGAUUACUGGCAUAAGUGCACCUUACCCUGCCCCUGCUUAUCGAGGCAAAGUGUUCGUCUUGACAGGUGAUGAGGACACGAUUUUCUGCUCUAGUCUUCUCGGCUUUGGGAAGGCAGAUUGUGGGACUUCUGAGUCAGGGUUGGUGUAUGAUACUCGCGAGCUUUAUCCUUCUGCUGCGUCCUAUGAUGUCUUUGUUCCCGCGAAUACAGGGCACUGUUUAAAUCUCCAUUAUACUGCUCGAGAGAGCUUCAAAGUUGUCCAUGACUGGCUGAAUGCAGAAGGCCAUUAG